AAAAUGCCAGCUAUCGGAAUUGAUUUGGGAACGACAUACUCAUGUGUUGGAGUAUGGCAGCACGGGAACGUGGAGAUCAUCGCGAACGACCAGGGCAACCGUACUACACCAUCGUACGUCGUUCACGGACACGGAGCGUCUCAUCGGCGACGCAGCCAAGAACCAGGUCGCCUUGAACCCUAACAACACCGUGUUCGACGCGAAGAGGCUGAUCGGGAGGAAAUUCGACGACCCCAAGAUUCAGCAGGACAUGAAGCACUGGCCCUUCAAAGUGAUCAACGACUGCGGCAAACCGAAAAUACAGAUCG